AUGACGCGAAUCCCAACGAACCUUCCACCACCAUACACAUGGUCUGGUGCACGCAGCGGACAACUAAGAACCUCGCCCACCGACCUAACCACAACAACAACCCUCCUCAUCGGCCCCAAACCCACCCCCUUCCACAUCCACACGCUCCUCCUGACCGCCUCAUCGCCCUACUUCCGCGCCGCCCUCACAGGCCCCUUCCUCGAAUCCCGCCAAAACAGCAUCACCCUCCCCGACAUCCCCGUCCCGCACUUCCAGCUCCUAGCCACCUGGCUCUACACCUCCACCCUCGCCCCGCCCUUCAAAGACGGAAAACCCGCAUACUACACACUGCUGCAUGUGUACGCGCUCGCGGACAGACUGUGCAUGGAGGGUCUGCGCAACGCGGUCGUGGACGCGCUGUGCGACGUGGCGGAUGCGACGAAUAGCGUGCCGACGCCGACGGAUACGCGGAUCUUGUACGAUGGGAUACGGGAUAGUGCGCGGGUGCGGGAGCUGGUGUUGGAUUUGUUUGCGUUUAAGAAGACGGGGCGGUUGUUGGAGCGGCAUGAGGAGGAGUGGGAUGCUGGGUUUCUGCGCGAUUUGGUGGUGAGGCUUAAGAGCCCGGUGAAGCAGGCGCUGGUGAGGCAUCGGUUGGGGAUGUGGUGGCCUGCGAGUUGGGGGGUGACGAGGGCGUGUGAGGGGUGUCGGGUUGUGUUGGUGCCGCGGGUUGGGGCGGUGGCGUGUGAGGAGUGUUGUGUGGCGUUUUGUGGGGGGUGUGUUGAGGUGGGUGUUGGGAUGGCUGGGUGGGAUGGGGCGAGGAGGAAGGGAGAGGGUGUGGGGGGGAAGACGUGGGAGGCUUGUAAGCCGUGGAGGGGGGCGAGGUGUGUGCUGUAUCACGAGCAUAGGGAGACGGAGAGGUGUGGGGAUGUGUUUAUGGGGCGGUGA